AUGGCAUCUGCAAGUUCCGAAGAGCAGUUAUGUUAUGGACCUGAGGAUCCAUCAUUACUCUUUCAUCAAAACGAACACAUUUUAGCCUCAUUGUUGGCAAAUGGCACAACAAAUGUUUUGAGAGUUCGUAGGACGGAGAGUAAUGUUUGGGCAGUGUCAAUACAUGAAAAUGUGAAGUAUUGGCUUGAUGUAUGGGGUUUCAAAGGCGUGUUGGAAUGUGAAAGGCCAAUGAGGAUGGACAACGAGCUUAUAACUGCCUUGAUCGAGCGCUGGAGACCUGAGACACACUGUUUCCACCUACCAGUUGGAGAAGUUACCGUAACCUUACAGGAUGUGCAAAGCCUGUGGGGUUUGAGAGCAGACGGUAGUGUUUUCACUGGCCGUGACUACCCUAUCGGAUAUGAAGAUUGGCCCAGCAAGUGUCGAGAUGUGUUGGGAUGGAUACCUGACGAAGAAAUAGAAACGAAGCAGGGCGGUUUGUUAAUGACAUCUCUUAUCCACCAAGCGACGAUGCCUUUGGGUGAUGGGUUGCAUGAUUAUGCAUACAUCCAAAGAGCACGUAUACACGCUCUGAUAUUGUUAGGGGGGCUUAUUAUACCGGACACCACAGGGUGCAAGGUCCCUUUUAUGUGGUUAAAUGCCUUUGACGAUCCGGAAGAAGUGUCUACUAUUAGUUGGGGUAGUGCUGUUUUAGCAUUUCUGUAUCAUUAUUUGUGCGGGGUUUCUGUAGGCAGGCAGAAAAGAGAUGUGGGUGGACCUAUGGUUCUUUUGAAGCUGUGGGCGUGGGAAAGAAUGCCCACAUUGAGGCCAUCCUUUUUUAUAUCGCCUAUGCACACGCCGUAUGCCCCGUGUGGAGCCAAGUAA